AUGAAUGAUAAUUGGGGUCGUGUACAGGGCGACCGUGGCCGUGGUUGGGAUCGCGGAUUUGGUGAUCGUAGCCAUGAUUCCCGAGAUCGAGAUCGCCGUCGCGGUCAUGCUGAAACUUCUUAUCUCCCGGCUGGGCAAGGGAUGGGUAAUCGCAAGGAUCUCCGGGGUAAUUUCCAGGGCCGAACUGGCGAUACAAGUCGCGAAGUCUCUCGAGAUGGCAGUGGAACCCUCCGUAGAGAAGGCUUUCGCGGUGGUUAUAGAUGCAAUCGUGGUGAUGUGAACCAGUACGGCUCCCCUAUCUUUAGACAAGGCGAGGCUAUCCCAAUACCCAGUACUGUUGUGACCAAGACCGAAAAUGACCUUGUCCGAGCUCUUGCUGUGAGCCACCAGACGGUACCUAGACAAGCAAAAUACCCCGAACGCCCAGGCUAUGGCACAGCGGGUAGACUCGUGACUUUGUACGCCAACUAUAUACCGCUGAGUCUUCCUAAGCAGCAACUGCUUCGCUACCACAUCUCGAUUGCAGCCGACUCUGGAGGCCAUCUUGCUCCUGUGGGCAAAAAGGCUCGCCAACUCAUUUGUCUAUUGUUAGAGGAGCAUUUCCCGCAGGAACGAAAAUAUAUUGCAUCGGACUUCCGGUCUACUCUCGUCUCCUGUGUCAGAUUGAUGGAAGGCAUUUUCAAUGUGCGGUACAAAGAAGACCUCGAGGACGACUACCCUAGAGUUCCCCGAGUUCACAGCGUCACCGUUCAAUACACCGGUGAAGUCGACCCAGCUGAUUUAGUGAACUACCUCACCUCCACCAAUGCGAGUGCUAUGCUUAAGAACAAACAAGAAAUUAUCGCUGCUAUCAACGUGAUUAUUGGUCACCACCCAAAGACGAACGACAGAAUUAUGUCUGUUGGCGCCAACAAACACUUCAGUCUUGGUCAAGAUACCAUAGAAUCUUUCGAACUUGGCGGUGGGCUUUCCGUUCUGCGUGGAUUCUUCAUCAGUGUUCGCGCUGCGACUGCUCGUGUUUUAUUGAAUGUGCAAGUUAAGUAUAUCGCUUGCUACAAAGAAGGACCUCUUGUCAAAGUUAUCCAAGGCUACGGGAGUAGAAAUACUUACCAUUUGGAAAAGUUCCUUAAGGGCCUGCGCGUUCGUAUCACGCACAUCGCACGCAAAAAUAGCCGCGGUCAGCGUCGCCCUCGCAUCAAGCGUAUAUCUGGCCUUGCCAGUUGUGGUGAUGGUGCCUCGUCUGACCAUCCACCCAAGGUCACCCGCCAUGGCGCUGGACCAAACGAUGUGGAGUUCUUUAUUGAGGAGUCUCGCCCUCGGCUGCUUUCGCUCCCCGCAACAUCCGAGGUCAAAACUACGAGAGGCAAGAAGGCCCGGAGAAUCGGCCCUUCACAAGCUGGACACUACACUACAGUGGCGGCCUUCUUUAAAAAUGAGUACAACAUUCUGUUAGACCCAUACCUGCCAGUGAUCAAUGUUGGACCUAGUGACAGACCUGUCUAUCUUCCAUGUGAGGUUUGCGAGGUCGAGCCCGGUCAGCCAGCAAGCUCGAAGAUAUCCGGCGACCAAAUCGCUUCAAUGCGCAAGUUCGCCGUGAUGGGUCGAAAGCCCGGUCAAAAUGCCCAAUCGAUUGUCAGCAAGGGUAUCAGUAUGUUGGGACUAGGACAGCCAUUGAAUGACACGCUGUCCGCUUUCGGUGUCAACACUUCUACCGACUUGAUCACGGUUCCUGGACGCGUUCUCCCAGCCCCCAAUGUCUACUAUAAAGAGGGCAAAAGACUCAAAGAAAUCAGGGCUACCGCUGGUAGCUGGAAUAUGCGCCAUGUCCAAUUAUCCAAGGCCUCAACCAUGAGAUCUUGGACAUACCUCUACAUUGAGCGACAGGGCUCGCGACCGAUUUUCCAUCACUCUGGUCAACUCAACGCAUCCCUAGAGGGCUUUCGCAAGACAUCAAGAGACAUGGGGAUGCAAGUAAAUCCUCACAAGGUCGGUAAGCGAGUAGUUCUCACUGGCGAGAACGACGCCACCACCAUCGAGACAGCCAUCCUCCAGUUGCAAAAGCAGCACAACCCAGACUUCAUUUUAGGGAUCAUAUAUAAAAAGGACACUAGUGUUUACAACUGUCUGAAGCAAGUUUGUGAUAUCCGCUGCGGUAUCCGCAAUGUCAACGUCCUAGCAGAGAAAUUCGUCAAGCCCAGCGAUCAAUACAAUGCCAAUAUUAGCCUGAAAAUCAACCUCAAACUCGGCGGUGCCAACCAGACCCUCCGUGCCGCCGAUCUAGGUAUUAUAUCCAAAGGAAAAACAAUGCUUGUUGGACUAGAUGUCACACACCCAUCCCCCGGCUCUGCAAGUUUCGCCCCAUCCGUCGCCGGUAUUGUCGCUUCAGUCGGCUCGACUCUCGCCCAGUGGCCUGCCGAAAUCCGCGUCCAAAGCGCACGCCAGGAAAUGAUCGCCGACCUAGAAAAUCUUCUCGUUCGUCGCCUUCGGCACUGGCGCAGUCUAAACAAGGACCUCCCCGAUAAUAUCAUCGUCUAUCGUGACGGUGUCUCAGAGGGACAGUACAACAAAGUGAUCGACGAGGAAUUGCCUCUCCUUCAGGCCGCCUGCAAAACCACCUACCCGGCCGACCAAACCAAGAAAGGUCUUCCCCGUUUCGCUAUCAUUGUCGUUGGGAAACGCCACAAUACACGCUUCUACCCAACCGCCGAGCAGGAUGCAAUCCGCGACAACCCCAUACCCGGCACCGUCGUAGACCGCGGAGUCUCCGAGGCCCGUCACUGGGACUUUUUCUUGCAGGCGCACGCUGCACUCCAGGGUACCGCUCGUCCAGCGCACUACUUCACCGUCUGGGAUGAGAUCUUUCACCCGGAUCAUCCUUCCCAUAUGGCUGGUCCUGGCGCAGCCGAUGUCUUGCAGGACCUUACCCAUAAGCUAUGUUACAUGUUCGGACGUGCUACCAAGGCUGUUAGCGUGUGUCCACCUGCGUACUAUGCUGAUCUGGUCUGUGCCCGAGCGCGUUGCUUCCUGUCUGAUCUCUUCGAUCCAUUGUCGAUAGAGUCUAGUGGCGAUACUAAUUUUAUCGAGCGCAAAAUGGGUAUGUCGCGCACUGCCGAUGUAGUUAUCCAUCCGAACGUGGCGGAGACGAUGUUCUACAUUUAG